UUGAUGGACCGGUGAGGUGCGUGGUUGGUGAAUAAUUGAGGAGGCACAAAUACGUGCACGGAAUCCUUUCCCCAAGGCUGAGUGUAGGGUGUGUUCCCUACGCGAAGCCAAUCGUACAAGUUGACCGUCUUUACGAGGUGAGCGCGCCCAUAGCGGCUCACCGACGACCAGUCGAAUUAUCGACCAUAUUCGGUUGAGGAAGACGUAGAAAGAAGAGUUGAUAGUUUGGCCACAUCAAGGCUUAGAUCACGAUAUUAGACAGACAAGAUGUCGGACUCACCGCGUACCGAGAGGUUCGACACGACCCGAUACAGCACUCCUGUUUCUGAACUAGAUGAUCAUCGACGUCAGCCGUCCUCACUCCCGCGAAUCGAUCCUCCCCCAGCGAGUGGCAGUGCUCCAUUCCAAACCACUCGCCGUGGUACCCUCGCUAGUCUUCGGCUCGAACGUCCUGAACUCUUCGCCGAUGCGUCACACCUCGGGGUAGCUGGGCUAAAUGAACAGGCGAUCAUCGACGAUGGACAAAGUGGACACGGUGUUUUAAUGGAUUGGAACUCGCCAGUGAGCCCUCGAAUGACCCGCCGUGGCACCUUCAGGCGCACUCCGCGUGAGCAAGGAGGAACGGCUUCAAUUCCAUCCCGUCGGAGCUCCGCAACAACCCUCUCUGAGUCUCCUCCCAACUCAGUGAACGCAUUCGCUGAUCCCCGUCGUCGCGAGCGGACUGGUACCAUCACCAGCCAGAUUGCGCCUGAUCAAGAACUUGAGAUCCAGCGAUCUAUUUCUGGCGCUUCUCACCGCCGCAAGGCAACGUUUACCGACGGACAUAGCGUUGAGGAGGGUAAUGGGACAAUCCCUCGCGGAAACGAUGACGAAGAAUCUGUUCGCAGUUCCAUCGAGGAGGAUGUCUGCUAUCCGCAGGAGGAUGUUGGGAAAACUUUCCGAAUUGAUUAUGAAGAGCUCGAGGAGUAUAUCGUCGAAGCAGCCCAAGAAGAGGAAGAACGCCGCGCUGAGGCAGCUCGCCAAGCAGCCCAAGCAGAGGCAAAUCUUCUUGAGCGCCAGACAACACGUGGUGGAUCCACCGGAGGCGAGAUUGAGGAGAAAAUCGUCUCCGACUCGGAAGUCGACCAGCCUACCCCUGCGCAGCCGCAUGCCGUGCCAGCGACCAUUGCUCCAGCUUCCCGGUUCACCUUGUUUAGUUCCGAGUCCGAUGACACGAUCCACGCUUCAACAUUCGGCGGUCUCCUUGCUGAGGGCGAGCGUGUGAUCGACCUUUUCGAGCCCCCCCUCCAGACUGGUGGAGUGUACUGGCUCGACAUGCUGAACCCACCCAGGGAUGCUGUGCAUGCCAUCUGUAAAGCCUUCGGGGUCCAUCCCUUGACGCGAGAGGACAUUGUCACGCAAGAAUCUCGCGAGAAGGUCGAGCUGUUUCGGGCGUACUACUUCCUAGCCUUCCGCUCGUUUUUCUCGCUCGACAAGGAGUCCGAGGAGUACAUGGAGCCCGUCAACAUCUACGCCGUGGUCUUCCGCGAGGGCCUGCUGACCUUUAGUUACACCGCCAAUCCGCACGCCAGCAAUGUCCGCUCCCGCAUCAGCAAGCUACGCGAUUACCUCCAACUCGGCUCCGACUGGGUUUGCUACGCCCUCAUCGACGACAUCGUCGACUCCUUCGCCCCCGUCAUCCACGAAAUCGAGGUCGAGACCGACCGCAUCGAAGACGAGGUGCUGAUCGUCCGUGAAGACGACGGCCGCGAGAUGUUACGCGCCAUCGGCGACUGCCGCAAGAAAGUUAUGUCGCUCAUCCGACUCCUCGGCGGGAAAGCGGACGUGAUCAAGGGGUUCGCCAAGCGGUGCAACGACCAAUACGCGGUGGCGCCCCGCGGCGACGUGGGGAUGUACCUCAGCGACAUCCAGGACCACGUGGUGACGAUGAUGAGCAACCUGACGCACUUCGAGAAGAUCCUGGGCCGCAGCCACUCGAACUACAUCGCGCAGAUUUCGCUGGACAGCUUGACGCAGGGCAACCGAGUGAACGAGAACCUGAGCAAGGUCACGGUGCUGGCGACGAUCAUCGUUCCGUUGAACAUCGUGACUGGCCUGUUUGGGAUGAAUGUAAGGGUGCCGGGGCAGCCGGAAGGGGUCGGGACCUUGGGGUGGUUCUUUGGGAUCCUGGGGAUUAUCAUGGCGUUCGUGAUCUCAGGAUUGCUCUACGCGAGGGCCAAGCGGAUGAUUUAAUGUGGUCGGCGGACAACUGGUGUUUGGAUGUCUCAAGUGGAGCAAGAAAUGACCGUCAAUAUCGACUUUGUCGGCCACGAAUCCUCAUCAAUCGAAUUCUCCAUCCUUGGCACCAUUCAAUCACACCAACGCAACGAUAGAAAGUUUACUAGUGUUCGAUCUCACCGCAUCGCGAAUAGACCCUUACGUUUCU